GAUGGAGCCACAGCAGCGCAGCAGGACCUGGCCCGGCGGGUUUGGAGCUCAGAGACCCCCGGGGAGGCCAGGGGGGCUCACCGGGGCCGGUUUCCCGGGUUUGGGGCUCAGACUGCCUCUCUCUGGGGGCUCCGCGACCCCCGGGCCGGGCUCGCAGCGCGCAGGCCGCGCCCAGGCCGCGCCGUUGCCAUGGAGACGGGCGCGCCGGAAGUGCCGCUGCUCCUCCUUCCCAGCAGCCCCUGCGCGCUUCCGGCCAAGAUGGCGGCCCUGGGGAGCGGCGGGACGCGGUGGCGGCGGGCCUGGCUGCCCGCCCUGCAGCUGCUGCGGCGCGGCUCCAAGGCGGUGACGCGGCACUGGAAGGCCGCGCACUUCCAGCGGCAGAAGCUGCUGGCCCUGACCGAGUACCUGCCCCCGCGGCCCGGCCUGGCCCCACACUGCCACCCCCAGCCCGCCCCCCGCGCCCCACGGGAGGAGGGCUAUGCCCGCGUGCUGCGGGCCCAGCUGCAGGACACGCUGCGUGCCAGCCGCAUGGUGGCCGUGUGCCAGUACAACUCCAUGGCGGAGGAGGACCUGGCCACGCUGCGGCACUUCCUGCGCAGGCACGGCAUCCACCUCAAGUUCGUCCUCAACGAGGUGGCCCGGCCGGUGCUGGCGCAGUCCAAGCUCCGUGCCCUGCUGCCGCUGCUGCUGUGCCGGAACGUGCUGCUGGUGAGCCCCGAGCCGCGGGCCAGGGAGAUGCUGCGGCUGCUCAAGGGGGUGCCGCAGCUCGUGCUGCUGGGUGCCUGCAUCGACGACACGAUCCUGAGCCGCCAGGGCGUGGAGAACUUUGCCCGGCUGCCGUCCCUGGAGGUGUCCCGGGGACAGACGGUGGCAGCCCUGUCCCUGCUGUGCUCCCAGACCUCCUCCCUGCUCCAGCGGGGCCCCGCCCGCCUCACGGCGCUGCUGGACCAGCACCUCCGGCGGCUGCGGGAGGCGGCGGCGCCCACGGAGCCGCCCCCGGGUCAGUGAGGCUGCAAACCGGGCUCCGGUUCCCUCCCGGUGAUGAGGGGUUCAAGGAUGAUGGACACAAUUCCCAUGGAAUUCUCCAGCUCUGCAGAGGGGUGUCGGGGGUUGGUUUGACACUGAGGGUCUUGUGACACCCCCCAGUCCCGGCAGGGAGCGGUGGCCGUUCCCUUGUGCUCCCUUGGGAUCAUCCCUGCAGAGAUCAGGGGGAUCUCUGGGAUCGGCCAGAGGAGGAGGAGGAGGAGGAGGAGCACGGGAUGGAGCCUCCAGGGGGGAUUUUGGGCGCUCCGAGCCCUGUGCCUUCAGAAUGGGGGUGUGCUGUAACCCCGACAUCGCUGUCCUGUUCAUUAAAAUGUCCGUGUGGA